ACGGCUUGUUAUGAUUUCUGUAGUCGGAUAGUUGUUGUAGUCGGCAUAGACCAUAGUGUAAACCGGCUAUUAUACUGAAUACGACGUGUGUUGUUAAGUAUAUCUCUUCUAAUUUUUUUUAUUAUUAUUACAUGAAUUUGUUUUUGUAACAUUCUCAAAUUAAGCUUAAUAAUGAAUUUUAACUGGAUUAACUGUGUUUUGUUUUUGUUAAUUAUUUCACCAAUAAUAACGAUAACGUCUGGUCAAUAUAUUAAUCCUCAAUUACAAAUGACUCAUGGCGAAGUGUGGCCAAAACCUUUUAAGCAAAAAAAUACCAAUGUAUACCAUAAAAUGGAUCCUGAAACUUUUAAAUUUAAAAUUGUAGGACAAAUUUGUGACGAUCUUCAAGAGGCACUCAAAAGAUAUGAUAACAUAUUAUUUUUACGAACAACAAAUAAUUCCAAAACCGGUGAUUUUGUACAUAUGUUUCCAAAUUCUACGUUAAAAGGGCAAUUUAAUACACUAAAAGUGCAGCUAAUGUCACGCUGUGACAACGAGGUACAACAUCCGUCUUUGUACAUGAAUGAAAGAUAUUUUAUAAAAAUAAAAGAAGGUACAGGCAUAUUAUCAGCAUACUCAAUUUGGGGUAUCUAUAGAGGCCUCGAAACGUUUUCACAAUUGAUUACUUUAACGAAUAAUGGCACAUUGUUUAUUAUCAGGGAUACAACCAUAAAGGAUCAUCCCAAAUACAAACAUCGCGGAUACAUGUUAGAUACUUCUCGUCAUUUCUUAAGCUUACAAAUGAUAUUUGACUCAUUGGAUGCAAUGGUGUAUUCAAAAUUAAACGUGUUUCAUUGGCAUAUUGUAGAUGACCCGAGUUUUCCGUACCAGAGCAGUUCUUUUCCUAGUCUCAGUGAGAAAGGAGCUUACGACCAAUCAUCUAUUUACACAAAGGCAGAUGUAGAAUGUGUCAUUGAGUACGCAAGACUUCGAGGCAUCCGCGUCAUUCCAGAAUUUGAUACACCUGACCACACUGGGUCUUGGGGUCCCGGCGGGAUUCCUGGCUUGUUGACACAAUGCUCCGAAUCGGAUCCAACUAGUUUUGGACCAAUCGAUCCAACGUUAGAACAAAAUUAUGAUUUUAUAAAGACUCUUUUUACCGAAAUUAAAGAAUUGUUUAAAGAUCAAUAUUUUCACCUUGGUGGCGAUGAAGUUAGACACGGUUGCUGGGAUAACAACAAGAGAAUACAGGAAUUCAUGAAAAACAAUAGCAUACACGAUAUUUUAGAAUUGGAGAACUAUUUUUUCCAAAAGAUCUUCAAAAUAACGAACACUUUAAAAGCCAAAACCAUCGUAUGGGACGAGCUGUUUGACGACAAAAUUAAACUAGACCGCAACACAGUUGUACAAGUUUGGCAAGGCGAUUACAUUAACAAGACUUUAAACGUUUUAAAAUCUGGCCAUUAUGCGUUAUUGUCUAGUUGUUGGUAUUUGAAUUAUGUCAAAUACGGAAAAGAUUGGCUGGAUGUCUACAGAUGUAACCCAGGUAACUUUUCUAUUGAACCAAAAUACAACCACUUAUUUUUGGGAGGCGAAGCGUGCAUGUGGACUGAAUACGUAGACGAUUCAAAUGUUUUGCCAUUAUCGUGGCCGGGGGCGAGUGUCGUAGGCGAAGUGCUUUGGUCCCAUCAAACAAAUGAAACGGAAGCAGCGCCGAGGCUUGAAGAACACAUUUGCAGACUAAAACGCAGAGGAAUACCGGCCAAACCAUCUAAUGGCCCUAGUCAUUGCUACUAUUAAUUAAUUAUAAUUAGUAACAUUAACUCAAUAUGUAGUUGUUAUAGUGACUUGUUAACAGUAACACACCUUGUUGGUUGUUACUAUUGGUGGGACUAUUCGAAUAUUCGAAUACUUUAUUCGCACGAAUUUUCGUUAUUCGAGUAACGAAUAUUCGAAUUUUUUAAUCUAAUAUUCGAUGGGUUAUUCGAAUAUUCGAUCUGAUUUUUCGAAUAUUCGAAUAUUUCAUCAUUUUCUUUGCAGGAUUAAUAAGAUUAAAAAAAUAAUAAUUAAGAGACAACUAAGGUGUCCUUGAUCAAUUUUUAAUAAUUUUUUAACAAAAUAAAUAUAAUUAUAA